UUCGCUUAACAGACGACAUUAAACCUGUCACUUUCUUUUCCUUGUGAAAGCUACCGUACGCUGCAUUACCGUAAUAAUUAUACCGCCCAAAGCUAUUAAAAAACGCGAAACUCCGCAUCUUAUCGUAUAUUGUUUGUUGUCUCAAUGUAUAGAUUUAGUCGCAGGAUAAAGGUGCAUGUAAACAUUCUACCAAACCGCUUUAGCCGUGCAUCGAAGAGCAGGCAUACUUAACGAUCAAUAUAUUGAGUCAGGAGUCAGGAACAAAAUCAUAUCACUUUAGUACCGACAGGUGAAUGAUAAGACAGGGAAGUCAGAGGCCUGGAUAAAUCGAACUUUUAUAGUCUGUUCGCGCACAUGAUCAAUUUCCGAAGUAUUAAAUUAUGUCAUAAAUGAUGAAGUGAUUAAUCGGUUCAAAGUCAUGUUGGCUGGCGAGUUAAUGUGAAUUAUAGAGCAGACGUUGAUCUUUCGCUCGGUCGCCAAACAUGGCGAGUUUUUCUCUGCAACUGGGAGAGUUGGAUGACACAGGAACGAUGCAAAAUCUGCAGACGACUGUAUCAAAUAAAGACUUUAUGGCGGGAAGUGAAGAUGGUUCAGGGCUGAGUUGGGAAGAAGAAUUCGAUGAAUUUAGUGAGGAGGAGGAGGAAGAGGAGGAAGACGAAGUUGAAUUUCAACCAAAUAUCAGUCAACAAUUAUUGAAUUUUGUUGAUAUAGUAAAUAAGGAUAUUCAAAAGUAUUUUGGCAAAAGAAAAUACCUAGACGAUGUUAACGAGGACGAUAAACGUCGUAAGAAUAAGAAAUCCGGUCGUGAACUGUACUAUGCGGAUCUUUUACGAAUAGCCAAAAAUGGGGAUGUAAACGAUCUAGAUGAGAAUGAUCAGAAAAACGACAGCCCCGAAACACUCCACAUAAUCAAUUGGAGAGAAAAGAAACAAAACAAUGGCAGAUCUUCUCCUUCAAGUCUUGGACCACUUGGCGAGUUAUUUAAGACAAGCGAGUCAAAAAACGAUAUGGUCGUGCGUGGACAGCAUUUGAGUAAACAGUUUCAUAAACUAGGUUCGGUUGCAGACAUUGCACUACCGUGGAAAAAGCGCAAGCUGCCGUUGAGUUUCUUCAAAGAACCAGAGCUAAGGAGGAUUGAGAACGGAAAAGAUGGUAAACGUAGAAUGAACUCUCCUAACAGCUUAGACUUUAGUGAUCUAUUAGCUCAUUGGAUUGGAGAAGAUAACAGCCCAGACGGCCGCGCAAGCGAGCUCAGUUCGUCAUCAACCGAUAUGUCUUUACAAAGUUUAUAGAACAUUAAAAAACAAGUGUUUUGUGUGUUAGGCCAACUAUAGUGUUUUGUGCAUUCGCCUUCGUUCUGUGCAUUGUAUCCUGUGCAUUAUUAAUAUUAUGUAUGUGUAUGAUUGUAGGCCUAUAUUCAAGGCAAUGUUUGAUGCUUUUUCUCAAGUAUAUUGUCUGACAUACAAAACAAUGAAAGCAUUCGAUCUAUUUUGGAUAAUGUCUGCAGUUAGCAUACACUAGGUCUAUCAGACAAACUCUGAUCCGAUUCUCUGUUGUUAUCGUCACUUGUGUGACUGACAUCUGGAACUGUCUUAGGAUUCACUGACAUAUUGUGAACAAUUUUUGAAUUUUUUAUUUUUUUUUAAACAAGUAACCUUUAGGUGAGACUUUUUUAUACUUUAUUUAGCGAACUCUCCGACCACCAAUAAUGGUGAUUUCGAAUAAAAAUAACAUUUUUUUUUUGCAAGUUAGCGAGCGCACCAUCCACCACGAAAAAUGAAAAUUACAGAAAAGAAAGGUUUAUUUUUUUACGCCCUCUGCUCCCCUGAAGUAAAAAAAGAUAUUCCUUAAUUAUACAAAUUUAUAACAUUUACCAAUCUCAUUAAUAAUACACUAUUUACAUCCAUCAAUACAAUUUUAUUUUUGUUUUCUCCUUCGCCUAGGUGCUUUUGGCAAAAUAAUUUUUCUUAAUAAGAAAACAAACUUUCUGACGAUCUUUAGAAAAAUAAGUUCACUAAAUAAGGUAUUAAAGUCUCACUUUAAUAACUAUUUAUAAUAUUUACAAUUGCGGUUGUCACUGGGUUAAGGAGCAUAACUCGUAUCUCAGUGUUUGUUGAAUGAUUAUAAUAGGGAAAUUAGUCAAUGUCACAAAGUACACUACAGACUAUACCGACUCACCCCACUACCCUUUGCUAACACAAAAUGUGUUAAUUGACAUAAUUAUGUUUCGCAUUGUGGAGGCUUUUAAGCCGGGCACUCAUUGCGUCGUACGACGAACCCAACUCCGCUCUCUGUGAGCGCUGGACGACGCGACGCCGUCUGCUGAUUGUCGGUGGCAAUGUGAACUGAUCGUCAAUGAAAACGAUCAGUUGCGAGCGCGUCGUCGCGUUGCGUUCUUCAUAGAAUUUAUCGUGUGUGCUCGGCCUUAUAAGGUGAACUUUUGGGACAGUUUACGUAUUUUUUGUUUAAAAGUUUACUUUAUGUCAACAAAACCAUAGGCAUAUGCAUAUGCUUCAUUUUCGGCGUAUAAAAAACAAAUAAUAUUUAGCCUAUCACCUCUGCGGUCACUGUGACUUAGACAAUAAAAAUAAAGUAUAUUAUAAUGAUAGAUUACAUUCGAGGGCCUAUGGCCGAAAACUUUUGUGUCAAUUUUAUUAAACUUUUGUAAAUCUUA